CAUUACAUUCAAAACAUCUCAUUCUAUUUCCCUUUAUUUGUCCAAUAUAUCUCUUCCCGUUUUCUCUCUUUAUUAUUUUUUCUAUACACAAAUGGCUCUUAAAGCCGUUCAUGUUUCCGAUGUUCCUUAUCUAGAUCAAGUCCCUGAGAAAGCUUCUCUUGCUUUAUAUUCCACCCGUUUCUCUCAAGGGGUUGAAAUUGGAAGAACAUCGUUCAAGCCAUCGAAAUUUCUAGUGGUUGGCCACAGAGGGAACGGGAUGAAUUUGUUGCAAUCGGCUGACAGGAGAAUGAAGGCCGUUAAGGAAAAUUCCAUUCUUUCAUUCAAUGCAGCUGCUAAUUACCCCAUCGAUUUUAUUGAAUUUGACGUUCAGGUGACAAAGGAUGAUUGCCCUGUCAUUUUUCACGACGACUUCAUCCUCACUCAAGAAAAUGGUACAAUUUAUGAAAGGAGAGUUACCGAAUUGACCCUCGCUGAAUUUCUUAGCUAUGGACCCCAAAGAGAAGAGGGUCUCGCUGGAAAACCUUUAAUGAGGAAAACGAAAGAUGGAAAGAUUGUUAGCUGGACUGUUGAAACUGAUGAUUCAGCAUGUACCUUAAAAGAAGCGUUUGAGAAAGUUAAUCCAUCUGUUGGCUUCAACAUCGAGCUCAAAUUUGAUGACCACAUUGUUUAUCAACAAGACUACCUCGUCCGCGUUCUUCAAGCUGUCUUACAUGUUGUCUUAGAGUAUGCUAAUGGAAGACCAAUUAUUUUCUCAAGUUUCCAGCCUGAUGCUGCUCUGCUUGUCAAGAAACUCCAGACUACUUAUCCUGUAUUUUUCCUAACAAAUGGAGGUACAGAGAUUUACUAUGAUGUUAGAAGGAACUCCUUGGAGGAGGCCACUAAAUUGUGUUUAGAGGGUGGUCUGGAAGGGAUUGUUUCAGAAGUUAAAGGCAUCUUUAGGAAUCCAGGAGCAGUUAACCAGAUCAAAGAGUCGAAGCUAUCUCUUUUGACAUAUGGCAAAUUGAAUAAUGUGCCUGAAGCUGUGUAUAUGCAACAUUUGAUGGGAAUUGAUGGAGUGAUAGUGGAUUUUGUUGAAGAAGUAACAGAGGCUGUGUGUAAGUUAGUGAAGAAGCCAGAGGAUGUUGAAGAUGAGAUAUUGCUGGAAGGGGAGGAAAAAGUUCAAAAUAGACCUCAAUUCUCACAAAGGGAAUUGUCUUUUCUGCUCAAGCUUAUCCCUGAAUUGAUACAAUAAACACUUUCUGCUUGUAUCUCAACCUAUUCCAACAAGGAUAUUCCCAAGUUCGAUGAUUGUAGAUAAAUUUUUAAGCCUUGUUUUACAAGCCUGAAUGAGUGCACUCUUAUUUGUACUUCAUUUAACACCCUUGUCGCUGGGAUUGUCAUACUUAUAACAGUCUAGAGAUGUAGAUAGAGGAUCUUCUACUUUUUUUUUUCUUCCUUUUUUCUUAUUAACCUUUAAUACCCCCUCUUGUUCUGUCAUUUUUUAUGGUCAUACUGGCUACUCUGUAAUCGUGUGGUACCAUAACUUUGAACAAGAGAUAAAGAAGCAAAGGUUCCAUAUCAAAA